UGAGCUGGUGUUGGAGAAGUACAUUUUUAUAACUAAUCUCAGUUACUAUCUUCGUUUCUCCAAUUCCUUUUGAAUUCAUAGAAUCAGACAUUUCAACUUCCAAAAAUUCAUUGUGAGAAUCAUGAGCACAACACCGGGAACGCACUCGCUUGCCUUUCGAGUGAUGAGGCUAUGCAGGCCGUCUUUCCACGUGGACGCGCAGCUGCUUGUGGACCCCUCCGAUCUCAUAGUCGGCGAAGACAUCUUCGACGAUCCAGUUGCCGCUUCACGCCUUCCUCCUCUCAUUGACAGCCAUAUCACCAAGCUCACCGAUACAUCUGAUCUCAGCUACCGCACUAGAUUCCUCCACCAACACCCUUCUGAUUCAUUCGGCCUCACUGGCCUCCUUGUCCUUCCUCAAGCCUUCGGGGCUAUAUAUUUGGGAGAAACAUUUUGCAGCUAUAUUAGCAUAAAUAACAGUUCUAAUUUUGAAGUUAGGGACGUUAUUAUCAAGGCAGAAAUUCAAACAGAGAGACAGAGGAUCCUCCUUUUAGACACAUCAAAAAACCCUGUAGAGUCAAUACGUGCUGGAGGCCGUUAUGAUUUCAUUGUUGAGCAUGAUGUUAAGGAACUUGGGGCUCAUACGCUAGUCUGCACCGCACUUUACAGUGACGGUGAUGGUGAACGCAAAUAUCUUCCUCAGUUUUUUAAGUUCAUUGUUGCCAAUCCACUUUCAGUUAGGACCAAGGUCCGUGUUGUCAAGGAAACUACAUAUUUAGAGGCAUGCAUUGAAAACCAUACAAAGACAAACCUUUAUAUGGAUCAAGUUGAGUUUGAGCCAGCUCAACAUUGGAGCGCAAAAAUAAUAAAAGAUGAUGAAAAACAAUCUGAAAAAGAUUCUCUAACCAGGGAGAUAUUCAAGCCUCCUGUUCUCAUUAGAUCUGGUGGAGGAAUUCACAACUAUCUUUAUCAAUUGCGAUUGUCUGCCCAUGGUGCUGCUCAAAGUAAUGUUCUUGGGAAGCUUCAAAUAACAUGGCGUACAAAUUUAGGUGAACCUGGUCGCCUGCAGACACAGCAAAUUCUUGGCACUGUAAAUCCCAUCACCCGUAAGGAGAUUGAAUUGUGCAUUGCGAAGGUUCCAGCUGUCAUCAACCUGGACAAGCCCUUUUCGGUGCAUUUGAAGCUGACUAACCAUACAGAUAAAGAAUUGGGCCCCUUUGAGGUUUGGUUAUCACAAGAUGGUUCUGUUGAGGAGAAGGCUGUUACAAUUAAUGGUCUUCAGACAAUGGAAUUAUCACAGUUGGAGGCAUUUGGAACCACAGAUUUUCACUUGAACUUAAUUGCCACUAAACUCGGUGUCCAAAGAAUAACAGGCAUUACAGUGUUUGAUAAAUCAGAGAAGAAAACAUAUGACCCGCUGCCUGAUUUAGAGAUAUUUGUGGCCAUCGAUUGAUUUACCAAUUAGUGUCCGCGGAGGUCUACUUUGUAUCCUAGGAGGAAUUUUACAUCCAUGGAGAAACCAAAAGGUGUUGAUAAAUCAAAGUAUCAAGUUAACUUGGAUGGUAGGAUUUGUUCUCUGGUGCUUUUUCGGUUGGGAAACAUAAGAUUAUUUUGACAAGUUAACAUAAUGUAUCUUUUUUCACAUUGAUAAUGAUUUUAUAGAGGCCUUUGACA